CUUUCUGGCCGGAGGAGUUUAACGCUGCGGCUUGCGAAUCAUAUCGUCUGUUUGGGCAACAACACAAAGGCUGGAGGAAGAGAGGCCGAGGUGAUAGUGUCCUUCUUGAUACUUCGAAGGAUCCGCAAGUCCCCGUGAGGACACGCUUCUCGUUCGCGGCGCUAUUGGAAACGAGCGGCGGAGGAGAGGAAAGGCGCAGCUGGAAAUUAUAAAAGAGCGAUCGAGCGGCGAAAGAGGGGCAGUCACUUCCAAGUGUGCACCUGGGGCACCACGAACAGGGUCUCUUAGGUAGGUUCAAGUAGAUCAACGCUUGCCUUUCGAACGAGUAGCAAGCCGCAAAAAUGGGAGCAGUCGAGUGGGUAGUCGAUGAGGAUGAGUACGAGUGCACUCUCUCGGAGGAGACGCAGAAGAUAGCGAAGGACGAGCUGAGGGAGACCAAGAACACCCGGGACCAGGCUCUCGAGCAGAUGCGCAAUUGGAUCAAAAUGAACCCGCGUGUUGAAAAUUGCCGCCUUGAUGGACGAUUCUUACUAAGAUUCUUGCGAUGCAAAAAGUUCAAUGUGCCGAUGGCACAGGAAGCCACGGAGAGGUAUCUCCUGCUCCGUCAGGUGUACCACCCGGCCUUCAACCAUCUGGACAUCACGGAGACGAAUAUGGAGGAGUUGUUGUCACUAGGGUAUCUCUUCGCUGCACCCGGCCGUGACUCCAAGGGCCGUCGCGUGAUAAUCGCCAGACCAGGUGUAUUCGAUCCGCACAAAUACACGAACGUGGACAUGUGCAAGAUCCACGCCAUCACUUAUGAGUCGCUGAUGGAGGACGAGGAGAGCCAGGUGCGCGGCUUCGUGCACUUCGCCGACGGUGCCGGCGUCAGUUUCCCGCAUCUGACGCUCUUCACUCCGAAAGAGGCAGUGCGCAUCGUGAAGAACGGCGAGCGCACCGUGCCGAUGCGGCACAAGGAGGUGCACGGUAUCAACGCGCACCCCUCGCUCAAGUUUGCCCUGGACUUCGGGAUGUCGCUCAUCUCCGAGAAGAUCAAGAACCGCAUCAAGGUCUACACGAGCCUUGAAGAUGCCAUCAAUAACAAGAUGGACGUGAGCAUGUUACCGAAAGAGUACGGCGGCACCAUUCCCAUGAAGGAGAUGAUCGAUUUAUGGCGGAAAGAGCUGCUAGCGAUAAAACCCACGUUACUGAGUCACGACAAGAUGAAAGUUUGCCUCGAGCUGUACUCAGAGAAGGCGCGAGAAGGUGCGGUCUCGGCCCUGAAGCAGGGUUUUGGCUGCUCCAGCGUGGGCUCUAACGACUCGACGAUGUACGGCAUCACCGGGUCCUUCCGGAAGCUCGAGGUCGAUUGACAUCCUUACCCGUGCCGGGUCUAUCUAUAGGGGAACAGGUGGCGAUCAAUGCCGCACAUGACAGACUAUUUGGGCGAGAUAUCGCUGAUGUUUUUUUUUUUUUAGAAUUAUACAGCACUGGUGUCAAGUGGGCGUAAUAUAAAUUUUGUAUUUGGUAGCUACUAGAUUUAUCGUAACGUGUGGUGCACAUGCAAGUAUCUCAAGUAUUGUACAUAGCUUUUGUAAACGUAUCAUAAUCGAUGCAUUAGAUGGAAAGGAA